AUGGCCCAGUCCAAAGCCAAGGUGCUCAUCGUUGGCAUGGGAGGCGUGGGCACCAUGGCCGCCUACGCCCUGGAAAUCGGUGGCAAGGCAGAGGUGACGGCUGUGCUUCGAUCCAACUUUGAGGCGGUGCAAAAGAAAGGUUUCGAAAUAGAUUCUCUUGAACAUGGCCAUGACAUCAAGGGUUGGCGACCAACGCAUAUCAGGCGAACCAUCCCAAACGUGGCUGAGGAAAAUCUUCCUGCUUUCGACUACAUCGUGGUGACCACUAAGAAUAUCCCAGAAGUCCCCCCUUCAGUGGAAAAUCUGAUUGCUCCAUCAGUAACACCAGGGAAAACAGCCAUUGUGCUCUCACAAAACGGAUUGAACAUUGAGAAACCAAUCAUCAGUCGCUUCCCUACAAACCCCGUCGUCAGCAGUAUCUCUCUUAUUAACGUGGCGGAGACGUCCCAUGGGACGAUCCUUCACGACGAUAACGAUGUGCAGUUCAUCGGGCCGUUUGUCAGCCCAGAGAUCAAACCUGACAUCGUCGAAGGGGCUGCAAAAGAAUACAUAUCGCUCUAUAAUGCAUGCGGAAUUCUGAGAAUUGAAUAUGAGCACGACGUCCAGUUCACUCGCUGGCAAAAACUUGUCUACAACUCCAGCUAUAAUACGGUUUCUGCGGCACUCCAGAUGGAUACUAUACGAAUGCGCAAGAGUGUGCAUAUAAUUCAAGAGUUAAUCGAGCCAAUUAUGUCUGAAAUUGUGGCUGCAGCAAAGGCCGCAGGGUACGAACUACCACCUGACAUUUUGCAGAAGAAAAUUCUCAAUGACCCCAUCGACGUCGAAGUCCGACCAAGCAUGAUGCAAGAUGUCAGCAAGGGUAACUUUAUUGAGAUUGAGAACAUUGUUCAACAGCCCCUCUUGGAAGGAACUUCCCGCGGUGUGCCAAUGCCCACCUUGCAGACCGUAUAUUAUAUUCUCAAGGGUUUCCAGAGAAAGACGAUGGAGAAGAGAGGCCUUUGGGAGCCUGUUUUCACCCCAGAUAAUCCGUAUAGAUAG